AUGGCGACGGGAGGCGGGCUGUUCGGGUCCACAGCGGGAUCGUCGCUGUUCGGCCAGCCGCAGCAAACAACCCCCGCGGCGCCCUCGUUAUUCGGCCAGCAAACUCCCGCCACGCCUUCGCCGUUCGGGCAGCAAACUCAAUCUGCCGCCGCGCCGUCGCUUUUCGGCCAGACGACCCCCGCUACGCCCUCGCCGUUCGGCCAAUCAGCUCCCGCAUUCGGCGCCGCGUCCACGCCCGCGUUCGGCGCAUCUCCGACUUCCGCGUUCGGCGCUGCUUCUACCUCCGCGUUCGGCGCUACGCCUACCUCCGCGUUCGGUGCUGCUUCCACUUCCGCUUUUGGAGCUUCCUCCACCCCCGCGUUUGGCGCUGCGUCGACGCCCGCUUUCGGCGCAUCUGCCUCCCCAUUCGGCGCUACAACCACCUCCGCAUUCGGCGCUACCCCUACUUCCGCAUUCGGCGCCGCUUCCUCGACGCCUGGCUUCGGCGGUCAACUCACCCUAUCCCAACCGCAGCAGCAGCAGCAGGGAGCGCUUCAACAGGCGCAAUUCGCGGCGCAAUCCGCGCAAUGGUCCGGGGCGCUUCCGGAAAGGGAAGUCGCCGCGAUAGCCGCCGCGUAUUUCGGCGACGCGCGGAACCCCCUAGGGCGGUUCGUGAGCCCGUUCCUUAGCGUCACGCACCCCCUGACGCGCUUCCGCCCGCCGAACGUCCCCGAGCUGACGUGGCAGGAGGCGAUUCGCCUGCUGGCAGCGGCUGGCCCUGAAAACCAGGCGGACGGUCUCUGGCCGGAAAUGGUGUGCGGAUUCUCGGGAUUGUCGAAGCGGCUGCAAGUGCAGGACGAAACGAUUGAAGCGGAUAGACAACGGUUGGAUGCGGUAGAAGCAGCAGUGGGGCAGGUGAGGGCGCACGUGACAGCCGUGACGGAGGGCCGGCAGGGGGCGGUGAGGCAGAGACAGCAGCAGCUGCAGCAGCGGGUGCUGCGACUGAUGCGACUGGUGGAGAUCAUGGAGCUCAGGACGUCUCCCCACGUCCCUCUCUCGCCAACAGAGCUGCUUCUAUCAGACAGGCUUCAGUCCCUCCUCCGUCUGCUCCGCAGUGGGGCAUCAGAGCUCCCUAGAAAGGGGGGUGGUGGCGACACAGGCAGAGGCGGUGGGGAGGUUGGCACAGCUGGUGGAGCGAGAUGGGCAGCAGCAGGGGGAGCAGCAGGGGGAGCAGGGGAGGGCGGGGGAGUGAGGGUGGAGGAGUGGAGUAUGGAGAGAAUGAGGGGGGUGGUGGCGACACAGGCAGAGGCGGUGGGGAGUCUGACACAGCUGGUGGAGCGAGAUGUGAGGGACGUGGGGAUCAUGAUGGGGGGAGGGGGAGUGGACCCUCUAGGGGGAGUGGCGGGCGCAAAGGGCAGACACUACGGAGUUAUCCGUUUUGGGGUCAUACAGUAG